AUGGAAAAUGACCCAUUUACUUCUCCACAGUUAGAGACCUCAGGAGAUACGGUUCAUUCCCCGUAUGGACAUUACGGAGACCUUGAGACCAUAACCGAGGGUCUUGAGGCGAAAGCUUACGAUUUACGUUUGGACGAGGGAUCCUAUCUGAGGCUUAUGCAACGAUUGAAUCUUGAGCCGAAACCCUAUGUUCCUGAUGAUUACUGGGAAGAUCCGGAACCUGCACUCUCAAGCCACGGCUCAACCGAUCAGGAGCAAACAACUUCUAACCACGAUCUUAAUAGAGCCCCUAGAGGUCAAUUAUCCAAGCAACCGCGGGGCCAUCAUAUCGCGGCUAUUACAAACCUGAGAUACCCCACACAAUUUGACCCAGUCGUUCCCACCCUCGAUCCUGCCCCUACUGGCCGGCAUCGGGAUAGAAGUAACCUAUCAUUGACUCCGAGCCUACGAGGCAAGGAUCACGAUCAACUAUGA